AUGAUUCUACUUACAGAAAGUGCACUUUCGACUGACUGUAUUUCUAGGGUUGUAUUAAUAAUAAUAUUAUUGUUCCCUUGGAUUUCAAGUUGGACAUGUGGCUUCACCAGCACAUCUCCACUUCGUUCUCUUCUCUUCGGUGCUAUUCAGCUAGCCUCAAGAUUUCCAAUGGGCGCUCAUCCACUUACACAUGGAUUCAUCAAAUUCACUACUCUCGAAGAUGCACCCUACUCGUCGAUUUGUACUCAGAUUCAGUUCGAGCGAUGGCCUGGUGAGCGAUGUCAACCGAUGGCCUCCUCAGCGUCU